AUGAUGUCUGUCGUCUCAACUGUGGAGAGCGUUCCCAGAGGUACGGGCACCCCGGCGCCGAGCCUUUACCAGAGGAUAAGGAGGGUCUUAACCAGGGACCUGCUGGUGACCCUCGCCCUGGGUCAGGCCCUGUCCUUGUUAAUCUGUGCCAUCAGUCUGACCAGCAAGUACCUGGCUGAUGACUUCCAUGCCAACACGCCGGUGUUCCAGAGCUUUCUCAACUACAUCCUGCUGUUUCUGGUCUACACCACCACACUGGCAGUCAGGCAAGGGGAAGGGAACCUGCUGGCCAUCCUGAAGCAGCGCUGGUGGAAAUACAUGAUUCUGGGUUUAAUAGACAUCGAGGCCAACUAUCUGGUGCUCAAAGCUUACCAGUACACUACUCUCUCCAGUGUACAGCUGUUGGACUGUUUUGUCAUCCCAGUGGUCCUGCUGCUGUCCUGGUUCUUUCUUUUGGUGAGGUACAAGGCCGUCCACUUUGUCGGGGCAGGAUUGUGUCUGCUGGGUGUGGGAUGCAUGGUUGGAGCUGACGUCCUGCUUGGUCGACACCAAGGCCUUGAAGAGCAGAAGCUGUUCGGGGACCUCUUGGUCCUGGGUGGAGCAACGCUCUACGGGAUCUCCAACAUCUGUGAGGAGUUCAUUGUGAAGAACCUGAGCCGUGUGGAGUUCCUUGGCAUGAUGGGACUCUUCGGAUCCUUCUUCAGCGGCAUCCAGUUGGCCAUCAUGGAACACAAGGAGCUGCUGAAGGUAUCCUGGAACUGGCAGAUAGGUUUUCUGUACAUUGGUUUCAGUGCCUUUAUGUUCGGCCUGUACAGCUUCAUGCCGUUGGUGAUUAAGAGAACAAGUGCCACCUCAGUCAAUCUCUCUCUGCUCACCGCCGACCUGUACAGCUUCUUCUGUGGCCUCUUCCUAUUUCAUUACAAGUUCUCGUGCCUCUAUUUGCUGUCGUUCUUCAUCAUUAUCUUGGGGCUGGUCCUUUACGCCACCUCGUCCACCUACGUUGCUCAGGACCCACGAGUCUACAAGCAGUUCAGGAACACAGGCGGCCAGCCGGCCACCGACCAGCCUCCGCUCAGUGCUGGAGUCCUGGAGCCCUCUGUCACCUACACCAGCCUGGGACCCGAGGCGGGGGACGAGAUUCCCGUAUGCGUCGCCUAACAUCUGGGAGGGAGUAUUGUCUGUCAGGCUGGUGAAUCCUUGCCCAAAGUUGUAUACAGAGAAAUAUGUUGGCCGUAACCCGGUCUCCUGAGGUGAUCAGCCAGGUAGGUCCUGCUUAUCAUUUAAUGGCCUGUAUUGGAGAACAAAGUCUCCAGCCACUCAGUGACUAAGUUAAGACAAAUACAUGUAUCUGAGAAAUGAAUGAGCAGAAUUUCGUCAAAACAAAUAGCAAAGUGAGUGAAACUGUUGAUCAAAGACUGAGUAGACAGUAGUGACUGAUUAUUCAUGUAAA